AUGCCGCUGACGCGGAACGCAGACACCGAGGAGGGUAGGAACCUGGAAGAGUCCUCAACGGUGGCCCUGCUCCGUAGUGCUACGGAAGAGCAGAUUGGCGAUGGUGACGGUCGAGGCGGAAACGCCUCAGGCGUUUCCGCUGCUGCGCACCGCAUCUCCCCUUCCAGGCGUGUGCUUAUCUUGACGAGUCUGGCCGCAGGGUCGUUCAGCAGCAAUCUCAACUCGUUCGCUGCGUUCUUCACCACGGCUGCAUUGGAUAAGCACCCAAGCGGGGGUGCGGACUACCAUGCAGCCGUUGGAUUCGCGUAUAGUAUCUCAUUUGUCGCUGGAGCCAUGGCCAUCCCGCUGUUGACCAAGGAUCUACCAAACAUUGGUGGCAAGAAUUUGAUGGUGCUGAGUUACUUUGUGACGGGAGCGACGCAGCUGAUAUUUGCGUAUGUGACGAGCAUUGCCGACUGGCGUGUGUUUCUAGUCUAUUGCUACUGUGUACGUAUACUGCAGGGUGUUGCGUACGUCACGUCCUCAGUGGCCGUCAUGUCCUAUCUAACCAGGCUGUACCCUGCCAAUCUCGGUUUCGUCAACGGCUUUCAGAUCACGUUCCUCGCGUCGGGCCACAUCGCCGGCAUUCUGCUCGGCGGCUUGAUGUACGACGUCGGCGGCUUCAAGGCGCCGUUUCUGACGUCCGGCGUGCUUCUCUUGAUGGUCAGCGCUCUGGUGUUGUGUAUACUGGUGGAUAUUGACACGGUGGACGGCCAUGCCCAGUCCAGCACGGCGGUAUCUGCGGAUGCGGAAAAGCUAGUCGGCGUUCGCGCCGUACUGCGCUCGCCGUGGGUCUGCCUGAUGUCGUGUCUGCUGGCGAUGACGUCGUUCGGCUACGGCGGUCUGGAGGCCACGCUGGGCCCGCGCAUGCGCUCCGCUCUGCACUCGCCGGCAGUGCUGGUGGGCGCCGUGCUGGCCGUGAAAGCUCUGACGGUGACGAUAUCCGCGCCACUGGUCGGCGCGGCGCUGGAUCACGGCGUCAGUGCCGCUCUGCUCCAGGUCGUCGGGCUGCUGAUGGCCGCGUGCGGAUUUGUCUUGACCGCGCCGGCCGCGUUCCUGUACCUCUCGCCGUCUCUCUGGCUGCUCUUCGUCGGCGUGGUGCCGCUGAGUGUCGGCACCAUGCUCAUCCGAGUGCCGUGCGUCGUCAGCAUGACUCAGCACCUGGAGCGCACCGGGGUUGGCACGGCAACGCAUCUGCGGGUGGCGGUCGCCGGCCUGUCGCGCUUCGCCGUCACCGUGGGUUACGUGCUCGGCCCGCUCGUGUUCAGCCCGACGAUAGCCGUCGUGGGCUUUGCACUGGCUCUCACCGUCAUAGGUUUUAUGUAUGCAUGCGUGGCCGGUUUGAUGGCAGUCCUAGCCGGGUUACAUCAUAUUGCACUGAGCGUUAGCGACAAGCAAGCUGACUUUGUCAAAAUAAAGUAUGCUGACGAGAAUGAUGAUGACCUCUAG